CUUCGGGCUCUGCAAGGGUUUUGUUGCUUCCAGGCUUCUGGGUUUUAGCAGGAAGGCGUCUGUAGUAACGAAACGUAGCAAGAACCGGUCCGCGAUCAGCUGGCUAUUUUCCGCGUUCAAGUUCGCUUUCCAAGCAGGGCACACUGAGUAGAAUGACGGCUGGUUCGAUAUCAGUACCACAGAUUAUACCACUUCGUGUUCCACCCCCUGGAAGAAGCAAAUAUGAGGUAGACACAACUACAGCAAUUGAAAUUAAGUCAGAUUCUCCAGAUGUGACCAUAUACUAUACAUUGGAUGGGAGCAAACCAGAUGUAUUAAGGAAGGUUGGGUUUAGAGAAAAUACUACAUUGAAAUAUAGAGGCCCAUUUACAUUGCCUGAUGGAAAAAUUACCUUAAAGGCUUUGGCAGUCAGCAAAGAUGGCAGAGAGAGCGGAACUGUGACAAAAGUGUUCAUUGUGGAAUAUGUGCCGCCGAUUAUAGAUUCAUCAGAUGAAGACAAUGAUGAGAACUUCCUCAAGGAGCUGUCCAAGAAGGAUUUGGGAACAAGCAUAUCACCUGCAAAACCAAAAAUGCAAACUAGACCAUCCCAAAGGACGACAGCCUGGGAUGAGGCGGCAGAAACCUUUAGAGAUCCGGACGUAGAUGGAAGAACCAGUAAUAGGUCUUUUAAGGGCCCACGAUUUCUGAACAGCCGCUUGGGAAAGCACAGUACUGCUGAAGAACCAGCGUCGGCUCCACAGACACAGAGGUCUCAGGUGAAUGGAUUUACAGAAGCCGCUGUUACAAAGAGUCUAACAAGCACCCAGACCAUGAGAAUUCAGAGAGAGACGGAUUUCCUCAAGUGUGCUCACUGUUUAGCCCCUCGCCCAUCAGACCCAUUUGCUCACUUCUGUCAGGACUGUGGUGCCCCUGUCCCACCGAUACCCGGACGCCGCCUGCCUCCCCCUGAAGGUGCUCAGAUGGGUUUGUGUGUGGAGUGCAAGACCAUGGUCCCAAUGAACACGCCAUUGUGCAUUGUGUGUGAAGCUCCAUUGAUCAACCAGAUGCAGCCCCAAGCCAGCAUACACUUAAAGGACAAAGCGAUCUGUCGAUUUUGUGGAACUGGGAAUCCAAUUAACCUUAAGCACUGCGUGACGUGUGAAGCCAAGCUGCCAACCGCUCAAACGCCCGUUUUUAGUGGCGAGUCUUCACCUCCCUUACCCAACCAGCACGGGAAGAUGCAGUCCUGCUCCAAAUGUGGCCGAGUCAAUCUUGCUGAUGCCAGGUUUUGUGACUGGUGUGGGGCAAAGCCUGGUCCCUCUUUGCAUUAUCUCACAUGCACUAAGUGUAGUGCGAGCAAUCAUCCUAACGCCCGCUUCUGUAUCUCCUGCGGGGUCUAUCUAGAGCCUCCGCCGAGAUAUUCCACCAUGAACAGCAAGAUGUUAAGCAGCAGAGAGCAUCCGGCGUCAUUUUCUGGAGAUGUUGAGAAGCAUGCGUCCUGGCAACCUGUAACACUCACGUUGCCUAAAGCUAGACUUGACUCCGAGAAAAUGGACAGGGGAACCCAGACCGUUGGAUUAUUUUACCCUUCUAGCAAGCUGAUGGAAAAGAAAGAAAUGGAGCUGCUGUCAGAGAGGGACAAGAAAGAGAAGAUGAGCGACCGCAAGCCGCUUGUAACAGCCAUCAGUCCAGGCAGAGGUUUUUGGAGACAGCAGCUGGAUCAUAUCAGUGCCCACCUUCGCUGCUAUACGCAGAACAAUUCUGAUUUCAAGGCUUUAAUCGGACAACCGCGGAUGGGUAGGAUUAUAUCAGCGACAGUUCAUGAAGAUGGCUAUGAAGUCAGCCUGAGGUUAAAUUAUGUCUUGGUAACAGACAAGAAUGUCCUCACUGGAAAGCCUAUGAAAUUAUCUAACAAUCACUUCUUGAGCUCGGUGACAGAAGGCAGAGAUGAUCUUGACGAUACCCAGUCCAGCAUAGCAAGCGAGGAUGGCCAAAGCGCCAGGAGCAAUAAUACCAGGGUAAGACGGGCCAAGAAGAAGAAGAACCGGAAGCCGCUGCAGAAAGAAGACCGACUUUCUCCUGAAGAUCGAAAGCUCCUCAAAGAAGUUGGUCCAAAGGGAGAAGGAGACAUUGCGGUUGUAGAAGAGCUCUUAGAUGAGGGAGCUGAUCCUAAUUGUACGAAUAACGAAGAGCGUCCCGUCCUGACAGUGGCUGUUCUUAACAGGCAUCACAAAGUAAUCCCAGUCCUAGUACAGAAAGGGGCUGAUAUCGACCACCAGUCUGGGCCGCACAAUAACACUGCACUACACGAGGCCGUCACGCUUGGCUUGGAAGGCAAGAAAUGUACCGAAGUGCUUCUGGGAUGCAAUGCAAGUAUAAAAAAGAAAAAUGACAAAGGGAUGACUGCGCAUGAUCUGGCCAUGAAGAGCGGAAGCGAUCAGAUUGCUGCACUUUUCGCCUCUAGACUUGGACGAGGCAUGCUGGACAAACUAACAAAGCCCAACAACAUCAGCCUGGAUGUCUUCUGAUCGGAAAUGGUUAUUGUUUAUUAUAUUUUAUUUUAGAUCUGUCACAUUUAAUUCAAAAGCUGUAAACUUCUAUAAUAUUGGUAGUUGAUUUUAA